GGAGCCUUGGGAGGAGCCCGAAUCACUGAUGGAAUCGGACAGUGCAUGGAGAUGGUUCAGCAGGACAAGGUGCUGAAAACUCAUCCCUGUGUGACCUCAAGUAAGCCACGUAACUCUGUGAACCUGCAGUUUUAUCAUUUUUUAAAAUAAAGAAACAUGACAGAUUUUCAUUAUGACACAGAAUGUCAGGUCUCCCAGAUGCCAGAAAAUACAUUUACUUAAAGCCAUUGAUACGUCUUAAAGCGGUUUCCUUACAGUGUCAUUGGAGGACAGCGUGGAGUGCAGAGAGACAUGCUUUGAAAUGGGAUUGAUCCAGUCCUCCUUCCUUCACUACCACAUGAAUGCUGGGCAGCCCAGGAUCACACUCACUGCACCCUCAACUCAGGCAAGUCCAGCAGCCAAUCUUAGGAGACCUGGGCUACAGAACAGUCUCCCAAGUUCCAGGCUCACAAAACCUAGGUGGGGAUGAAAGCUGAGAAAGUGAAGAGGUGGUUCAGGGGAUCACUCUUUCCUACUCAUUCCUCUCAUCUCAAACUCACCUUCUACUGCAACACUGAGGAUCACGAACCAACCGUGACCAUAACCUUGAUCUUGCCAUGUUCUGUUAGUGGAAUGAAACCAAAAAUCAAUGGUGUUAGUCCAACCCAAUGAAAUAGAUAUCAAACCACAUUCCAUAAGAACCGCUCAUGGCCCUGUUCUUUUCAGUAUAUGGGAAAACAAAAUGGAAACAACAAAAUAGCAUCAGGUUUAUGAAACUUCCCAAGAUAGAUGGUCACACAUGUUUUCAGGAGAUCUCUAUAUAAAUGAUUUUGGUCACUUGAUACCUUGAAAAGAGCUCUUGUGACACUAGAAUGACAUCCAUAAGUGACAAGUAUAAAAUGUAGCGCUCAGUGACAUCAAAAACCAAAUCAACCCACAUAGAGGAAGAGCUCUGGACAUAGGGAUGUCAAACUGGUCUAGAGUGUAAUGAAAAGCAAAGAUGGUGCCCCAGUGAGAAAAAAGAAAUCAACAUAACAAUGGGAAUCAGCAAGAAGAAUACUGAGACAGGAAAGACAACAUUUUUUACAAAUGAAUUAUUCAUUCACUUUCUAGUGGAUACAGACAAAACUGCAGAAGACCCAGAGGAAAUCAGGGCAGGCUAAAAGUUUGAUAUCUUACACUUGUGGAAAAGCCUUAAGAUCUGUUUUAACUUAGAGCAGGUGGGGUGACUUCAUGACUACCGUUAAGAAAAUAUAACCUGUUGGGAAACUGGUUCUGCCUGGAUGAUGUUGUACAGACAAGCGAUAAACAAUGAGGAAUGUGCUUAGAUGUAUUGGGAAAGAGAUGGGUCUGUGGCAUUGUCACAAGGGUACACGAGUACUAAGAGUGAAUUUUAGAGGAAUGAUCCCCAUUGGUGGUGACCCUCAGGUGAGACGAGGGUGCCUGUGUUUCAGCAAAGCCUGGGCAAUUGGAAUGCAGGGCUCCUAAGAUUCCAUGACACCCCCACCUUCUAAUUCUGUUAUUGCAACUGCAGACCGUUACCUGGCACACUGGCCUCACUCUUGUCGGAGACUGAGCUAUUGGCAGUGCCUUCAGCUCUGAGUUCAGGCACCUCGAACAUUGUUUUUGUCGUUAAGGAUCCUAAAGUGCUGCGGGGACUGAUCACAUUUUUCUCAACAUCCCUGGCCCCACCUCUUCUGCCACAAACGUCAGCAUGGUGGUAUCUGCCGGCCCUUGGUCCAGUCAGAAGUCAGAGAUGAACAUUCUAGAAAUCAACAAGAAAUCGCGCCCCCAGCUGGCAGAGAACAAACAGCAGUUCAGAAACCUCAAACAGAAAUGUCUUGUAACUCAAGUGGCCUACUUCCUGGCCAACCGGCAGAAUAAUUAUGACUAUGAAGACUGCAAAGACCUCAUAAAAGCUAUGCUGAGGGAUGAGCGGCUGUUCACAGAAGAGAAGCUUGCAGAGGAGCUCGGGCAAGCUGAGGAGCUCAGGCAAUAUAAAGUCCUGGUUCACUCUCAGGAACGAGAGCUGACCCAGUUAAGGGAGAAGUUACGGGAAGGGAGAGAUGCCUCCCGCUCAUUGAAUCAGCAUCUCCAGGCCCUCCUCACUCCGGAUGAGCCGGACAACUCCCAGGGACGGGACCUUCGAGAACAGCUGGCUGAGGGAUGUAGGCUGGCACAGCACCUCAUCCAAAAGCUCAGCCCAGAAAAUGAUGAAGAUGAGGAUGAAGAUGUUAAAGUUGAGGAGGCUGAGAAAGUACAGGAAUUAUAUGCCCCCAGGGAGGUGCAGAAGGCUGAAGAAAAGGAAGUCCCUGAGGACUCACUGGAGGAGUGUGCCAUCACUUGUUCAAAUAGCCACCACCCUUGUGAGUCCAACCAGCCUUACGGGAACACCAGAAUCACAUUUGAGGAAGACCAAGUCGACUCAACUCUCAUUGACUCAUCCUCCCAUGAUGAAUGGUUGGAUGCUGUAUGCAUUAUCCCAGAAAAUGAAAGUGAUCAUGAGCAAGAGGAAGAAAAAGGGCCAGUGUCUCCCAGGAAUCUGCAGGAGUCUGAAGAGGAGGAAGCCCCCCAGGAGUCCUGGGAUGAAGGACAUUGGUGUGAUCAAGUGAAAAAGGAGGACCAAGAGGCCACAAGUCCCAGGCUCAGCAGGGAGCUGCUGGAUGAGAAAGAGCCUGAAGUCUUGCAGGACUCACUGGAUAGAUUUUAUUCAACUCCUUUUGCGUACCUGGAACUGCCUGACUUAUGCCAGCCCUACAGAAGUGACUUUUACUCAUUGCAGGAACAACACCUUGGCUUGGCUCUUGACGUGGACAGAAUUAAAAAGGACCAAGAAGAGGAAGAAGACCAAGGCCCACCAUGCCCCAGGCUCAGCAGAGAGCUGCCGGAGGUAGUAGAGCCUGAGGACUUGCAGGACUCACUGGAUAGAUGGUAUUCGACUCCUUUCAGUUAUCCAGAACUGCCUGAUUCAUGCCAGCCCUACGGAAGUUGCUUUCACUCAUUGGAGGAAGAACACGUUGGCUUUUCUCUUGACGUGGAUGAAAUUGAAAAGUACCAAGAAGGGGAAGAAGAUCAAAACCCACCAUGCCCCAGGCUCAACGAGGUGCUGAUGGAAGCAGAAGAGCCUGAAGUCUUGCAGGACUCACUGGAUAGAUGUUAUUCGACUACUUCAACUUACUUUCAACUACCUGACUCAUUCCAGCAGUACAGAAGUGCCUUUUACUCAUUUGAGGAACAGGACAUCAGCUUGGCCCUUGACGUGGACAAUAGGUUUUUUACUUUGACAGUGAUAAGGCACCACCUGGCCUUCCAUAUGGGAGUCAUAUUCCCACACUAAGCAGCCCUUACUAAGCUGAGAGAUGUCAUUGCUGCAGGCAGGACCUAUAGGCACAUGUAGGUUUGAAUGAAACUAUAGUUCCAUUUGGAAGCCCAGUCAUAGGAUGGGAAAGUGGGCAUGGCUCUAUUCCUAUUCUCAGACCAUGCCACUGGCCACCUGUGCUCAGUCUGAAGACAUUGGACCCAAGUUAGGUGUGACACGUUCACACGACUAUGUAGCACAUGCUGGGAGUGAUUUGCCAGACAUUCUAAUUUGAACCAGAUAUCUCUGGGUAGCUACAAAGUUCCUCAGGGGUUUCAUUUUGCAGGCAUGUCUCUGAGCUUCUAUACCUGCUCAAGGUCAGUGUCAUCUUUGUGUUUAGCUCAUCCAAAGGUGUUACCCUGGUUUCAAUGAACCUAACCUCAUUCUUUGUAUCUUCAGUGUUGGUUUGUUUUAGCUGAUCCAUCUGUAACACAGGAGGGAUCCUUGGCUGAGGAUUGUAUUUCAGAACCACUGACUGCUCUUGACAGUUGUUAACCCACUAGGCUCCUUUGAGUAGAGAAGCCAUAGUCCUUCAGCCUCCAAUUGAUAUCAAUACUUAGGAAGACCACAGCUAGACGGACAAACAGCAUUGGGAGGCCUUAGCCCUGCUCCUUUCAAUUCCAUCCUGUAAAGAACAGGAGUCAGGAGCCGCUGGCAAGAGACAGCAUGUCACCCGGGACUCUGCCGGUGCAGAAUAUGAACAAUGCCAUGUUCUUGCAGAAAAUGCUUAGCCUGAGUUUCAUAGGAGGUAAUCACCAGACAACUGCAGAAUGUAGAACACUGAGCAGGACAACUGACCUGUCUCCUUCACACAGUCCACGUCACCACGAAUCACACAACAAAAAGGAGGAGAGAUAUUUUGGGUUCAGAAGAAGUAAAUGAUAAUGUAGCUACAUUUCUUUAGUUAUUUUGAACCCCAAAUAUUUCCUCAUCUUUUUGUUGUUGUCAUUGAUUGUGGUGACAUGGACUUAUUUGUAGAGGACAGGUCAGCUGUCUGGCUCAAUGGUCUACAUUCUGAAGUUGUCUGAAAAUGUCUUCAUGAUUAAAUUCAGCCUAAACGUUUCAUCAAGAACACUACAGAGUCGAUACUGUGAGUUUCCAACCUCAGCCCAUCUGUGGGCAGAGAAGGUCUAGUUUGUCCAUCAGCAUUAUCAUGAUAUCAGGACUGGUUAGUUAAGGAGGGGUCUAGGAGAUCUGUCCCUUUUAGAGACACCUUACUUAUGAUGAAGUAUUUGGGAGAGUGGUUUUUAAAAGUAGAAAUGUCCUGUAUUCCAGUGACCAUCCUCUAAACAUUUUAUCAUUUAUUAAUCAUCCCUGCCUGUGUCUAUUAUUAUAUUCAUAUCUCUACGCUGGAAACUUUCUGCCUCAAUGUUUACUGUGCCUUUGUUUUUGCUAGUGUGUGUUGUUGAAAAAAAAAACAUUCUCUGCCUGAGUUUUAAUUUUUGUCCAAAGUUAUUUUAAUCUAUACAAUUAAAAACUUUUGCCUAUCA